ACAGCAAAAAUCAUUUCUUCUUCUGCAAAGAAAACUUCAGUCAAGAUUGAAGGAGAAGUAGCUAGAAAUGGCAAGUGAAGAUGAGGUUAAACUUCUUGGCUUUUGGGCCAGCCCCUUUGCCCUGAGAGUGUUGAUUGGGCUUGAAGAAAAGGGCAUCAAAUAUGAGUAUGUGGAACAAGAUUUGGCAUCUAAGAGCCCCCUGUUGCUGGAAAUGAAUCCUGUUCAUAAGCAGGUACCUGUUCUCAUUCAUAAUGGCAGGCCUGUGGCUGAGUCUGCCAUUAUACUGCAAUAUAUUGAUGAGGUGUGGAGCAACAGUUCAGUUUUCUUACCAUCUGAUCCAUAUGACCGAGCCAUGGUUCGAUUUUGGGUAGAUUUUAUAGAUAAGCUGAUUGAAGCAGGAAGGUGCAUAUGGUUAAGUAUAGGAGAAAAACAAGAAGAAGGAAAGCGACAAGCUUUGGAAAUUUUAACAAUAUUAGAAGAAAAUCUCAAAGGAAAAAAUUAUUUUGGAGGAAACACUUUUGGAAUGGUAGAUAUUACAUUUGCCCCAUUGAUAUGUUGGUUUCCGAUUUAUGAAACUAUUGCAGAUUUUAAGUUUAUGUUUGAGGAUAAAUUUCCAAACAUAUUUUCAUGGAUGAAAAAAUGUAUUGAGAGGGAGAGCGUAAACAAAGCACUUCCACAACAAGAAAGACUGCUACAAAUGACAACUAAGCUCAGAAUUAUUUUGCUUCGGGAUCAAGCUUAGUUAUAUUUUAUUUCACUUAAAUUUAUUUAUGUAAUGCAUUAAGUCAUGUUCUUCUUUAGUUCAUCAUAUGUGUUAAACAUUUUAGAUAUUGCACCAUAGUAUAUUUAUAUACGGUGCAAAAUAGUCUGAUUACAUAAUUAUUGGUCACAGGCCAAUAUUGAA